AUGCGAGCAAAUGAAACUUUAUCGCCAGGGCCAGAUAUAGAAACAUCCACAAAAGCCCAACCCCCACAGGGUGAAUACUGUUUUAUGUUUGCGGCGGCAAAGCAGCAAAGCUGUCCCUGCCCCGCAGCCCCCGGGUCUUGCCCUCGAACAGGGCAGCCCCGCUCCUCUCCCAGCCCCUCUCCGUGUCCCGCAGGCGCCGUGACAGAAGUCAAGACCGACAUCUACGUGACCAGUUUCGGGCCGGUGUCCGACGUGGAGAUGGAAUACACAAUGGAUGUCUUCUUUCGUCAGACGUGGACUGAUGAGAGGUUGAAGUUUAGUGGGCCAACUGAAAUUUUGAGACUGAACAAUUUAAUGGUCAGUAAAAUUUGGACACCAGACACAUUUUUUAGAAAUGGAAAAAAAUCAAUUGCUCACAAUAUGACAACUCCUAACAAACUUUUCAGAAUUAUGCAGAAUGGAACUAUUCUUUACACAAUGAGACUAACCAUUAAUGCUGACUGUCCUAUGCGGUUGGUGAACUUCCCAAUGGAUGGACAUGCUUGUCCACUGAAAUUCGGAAGCUAUGCUUAUCCAAAAAGUGAAAUAAUUUAUACUUGGAAAAAAGGACCAUUGCAUUCAGUAGAAGUACCACAGGAGUCUUCCAGUCUUCUCCAGUAUGACCUCAUAGGACAAACUGUAUCUAGUGAAACAAUUAAAUCUAACACAGGUGAAUAUGUAAUCAUGACAGUUUAUUUCCACUUGCAAAGGAAGAUGGGCUACUUCAUGAUACAGAUAUACACUCCUUGCAUUAUGACAGUCAUUCUUUCUCAGGUGUCUUUCUGGAUUAACAAGGAGUCUGUUCCAGCCAGGACAGUUUUUGGUGAAUAUUCACUCCAGCUGCUCUAUUUCCAUCUGCAAAGGAAAAUAGGCUACUAUCUCAUUCAGACAUACAUUCCAUGCAUCAUGACUGUGGUCUUGUCUCAAGUUGUGUUUUGGAUCAACAAAGAAUCUGUUCCAGCAAGAACUGUGGCUGGAAUCACUACAGUUCUCACAAUGACCACUUUAAGCAUCAGUGCUCGCCAUUCUCUGCCCAAGGUGUCCUAUGCCACCGCCAUGGAUUGGUUCAUAGCUGUGUGCUUUGCCUUUGUCUUCUCUGCACUUAUUGAGUUUGCAGCUGUCAACUACUUCACCAAUCUCCAGACUCAGAGAGCGAUGAGGAAGGCAGCCAGGGCAGCAGCACUGGCAGCAGCACUAUCAGCAGCAACUGUACCGGCAGAGGACGAGAUUGUCUCGCAUUCUGACUCCAACUCUAACCUGAAGAAGCGAGUAAACUCCAUAGCAUCUCAGGCAGAGCAGUCUCCUGAACCCAGCAUAAUAUCAAAUACUGCAUCCCAGUGUCAACCACUGUCUGUUCCUCCACCAGCCCCACCACAACCACCAGCCAUUGGAGGUGCAAGUAAAAUAGACCAGUAUUCCAGGAUCCUCUUUCCAGUGGCUUUUGCAGGAUUCAACCUGGUGUACUGGGUUGUUUAUCUUUCAAAAGAUACUAUGGAGUUUUUUGAACCUUUGGCAAUGCAUUUUCGAAAUGACCCUCAGCCCAACUGAAGAACAGCCCAAGAUUUCAAGAAAAUCACUCAAGGUCACAGAGGAUUGCAGAGACUUCAAAAGAUUUGUCUGUCCAGAGGUGCUCUCAAUUUUAAGAUGUAAUAUUUAUAUUGGACGUUACCUGGAUGCAAAUUCUGGCCAAAUCAAGGGCUGCAAACUGCUUAGGGUUCUAAUUAAUAUUUUGUCAAGAUUUCUUACAAUGAUUCUACUUCAAAAGUCCUUGUUAAAUUACUUGUCUAAUUGUCAAAGAAAAGAAUGUUUAUUUGUUCUAAAACAUUUGUAAACAAUUGAAUGUUUAUAUUUAUAUGAAGCAUCAAUAAAAGGGUUUGGGAUUUUUUAAUAGAAUAAGGAUUGCUAAACUCAGCUGUUUCUGAAAUGGUAUAACUUGGCAUAGUUUCACUGAAAAUUUAGGAGUUGUACUGUUUUUCAGCACUUGAAAUUGACCUAAAAUAAUGUUGGAUGUGAAAAAGAGCUGUAAUUCCAUCAUGUUUUAACCCUUUCAUAUAAAAGAUAAGGGAUUAGUUCUUAAUAAUUUUUAAUUUAAUUUUCAUCUUUGAGAUGACACUUAAAAAUAAUGAGACACAAGAAAAAAAAAAUAUAAGCUAUUUUUUGUGUGCUUUAGAUGGUAGGUUAACACAGUGCACCUUUCUUUGUUGAAAGUCACCAUUGAAGUACAAGCAGACUAAUAACAAGCAAUUUCUCAGCAGGAUCUGGAAAUGGAGGACUGGAAUUUCAGGGAGUUUUCAAGGUCUAAAGCUGAAUAGACAGAAAAAUGCAGCUACCUAUCAGGCUAAAUGCCUUCAGCUUGCAUUUCCCAGAAGGGAACUUCCUGGAAGCAGGCCUUGAUAACUAGUUAAGGAACAGCAUUUUAUCAGCUGAUUCUACUGAAUUGCCUGUAGCAAACUCCCUAGAAAUGGUUUCUAGAGCCAAAGUACUGCCAGCACCUUCAGAGUUUAAAGGUAAUAAUAUUUUGAUACUCUCACCACAGUUACUGGUUCUUCUCAAGAAUGUAAUUAAGAAACAUAUGCCUAAUCAAAUCAAAACCAAGACUAAAUUAUUGCAGGUGUAAUGGACAUUGGGAGUAGUCAGAAGCACACAAGUUUUAUGUGAAGCCAAAUGAAAAUUAAGGAUCUCAUCCUAUCUUGAAAUUAUAGUAUGAUAAAAUUAACCAGAAACGUGAAAUAAUGCACAGAUUCAGGAUAUUCAGGGUCUUUUGCUUUGUCUUCACAAAUAUCUUAAUCCAUGUGAGAAAAUACUUACAGGCUGAUUGAUUCCAGUAAGUUACCAACUCUUUUAUUGGUACUAUAACCAUUUUAACUAUUUGAAGGCCUUGCUCCAGCUGUUCUCCUCCUCCUAUUUCAAGAGCUUUUACUAGUGUGGCAGCUGGAAUGAUCAUGGGAAAUCCUUUCUGUACACCCUGUGCUCUAACUCUGAAGGGUUUAAAUGGAACAGUUUAAGGAUUCGACUCAAUAAUAAAUAUUGUUUAUACAGAGAUAUCACAUUUGCAAUUUGCUUUUUUUUGACUGUCUGCAGGCUGGCACACUUGGAUGUAUUUGUAAGUACAUGGAAUUCUUUGUUCAUUUUGCUUUAAAACUAAAAUUGAGAAAAAAAUUCCUAUUUUCAGCCUUUAUAUGCUGUUAUAAGAAAACAUUAAACUAUGUAUACUGGGCAAGUAUUUUAUAAUUUAUAAAUACAUUUUAUUUUGAAAGAAAGCAAAUUAUGCUGUAGGGAUACGGAAUUAUUAUUUUUUUAGUAACUAUACCCAUUCUUGCUUCACUGACUGAUUUCUAUUUUGAGUACAUUAAUGUCUGUAAAAGUUUACAGAGUAUUUUAAAACUGGUUUAUGCAUAAAAUGAAAAUGUUUAAAAGCUGUGGUAAAACAAGUGACACUAAAGGAGCUAAAUUUUGUAUCUGGUCUUUGCUUAAAAGAAAUCUAAAUAUUAAUUUUACAGCAGAUGCAGAGAGUUGCUAAAUAGUGACUAUUUCCUUGAAAUGUAGUAUUUUGACGUGUAAAAUGGUGGUAACUUCCUGAUUAGGAAGCUGUAUCAGCAUCUUAAAAUUGUUUUAGUAGCUCUUGGUAUUUAAGUAGCUCUUGGUAUUUAACAACACAUUUCAACAUGAGCAGAAAGACUGCUUUUUUUUCCAAAGAGCUUUUCAUGUGGAUAUGACAAGGAAGGGUUGGUUCUCCUCAGCUUUUUGAACCAUAGGAAGAGAAUGUGUGUUUUUCCUGUUACAUACUUUAUAGAGACACAGGUGUCAUCAGUAAUGUUAACAAUGUCAAGUUAUAUCUUAGAAUAAAUGUAAUUACUUACAAUUAAUGUCACUUCUUAACAAUCCUGGUUAUGGUCAAACACUAAUCAACCAAGCAAGACAGUAAAAGGGCAGAUAAAUAGAAA